AUGCCUACGGAACUGAUCUCUCCAUGGGAGGAUCCACCGGCUGAGAAGCCUCGGCCCGCUGAGCCCUGGCUUCGGCGGUAUCCCGUCUCGUCCGAAGAUGAGUACGAGCAUCACCUGGCCCAGAAGGAGUGGAUGGGGCCCGAGGGCGCACCGAAGAAGGAGUGGACGUGCCUGAUGGAGACACACGAGAAGGAAUGGAUGUGGCCCGCUGGCUCACGGCCGCCAUUCUGUCACGAGCGAGCUGAACACGUGCCGCGAAGGCAUCUCGUCUCUCCCGAAGGCGAGUCCGAGCAUCAGCUGGCUCAGAAGAAGUGGACGUGGCCCGAGGGCGCACAGAAGAAGGAGCGGACGUACCCUGGGAGGAUACAACAGAAGGCUUCUCAGAAACAAGGGAACGAAUGGAAGCCCUUAUCUUGGACACAGCAGGUUGCAGCGGGGCGGACUGCAUCUCGCGCAAAGAACGGACGCCUCGAUAGGCAGGCAAAGGAGUGUGAUGUCGAAGUCCGACGGUGGAUGGGCGAGGAGAGGGAGGAAGGGCGGGACAAGAAGGACACAGACGGGCCAUCUGGUCGACUCUUCACGAAAACGGGCAAAAGAAUGGAGGGAAGGUCGGGCAAAAAGAACCGAGAGAAAGUAAGGGAUCGAGAGGAAUAA